GGGAAAUAGAUUGUCGAAUCCUAUAUAUUCCGGUUUGUUUCAAAGCUCAUCUAAUCUUCUUUUCGGCUUAGACAAGGCGGAAGACGAAACCCUAAAGAAAGGAAGAUGGCGAUGCGGAGUGUAGGAUCCUCUGUUGCUAAUAGUAGGAUUGGCCGAUACAUGAAACGUGUGUGGGUAGAAGAGGUCGCGCAGAAACCAGGCCAAACUUUCCUAGUACUAGCCGGUUCAAUUUUGGUCGCUGGCUAUAAGCAGGCUGAGGAGGUGCGCGAGAUAGUAAAGGAAUUUCGUAAAGAAAGAGCGGAAUUUGAGAGGUUGGAUAAACUGGUUUCUGAGAGACUUGAAGCUUAUGUUGCUAAAAAGGAUGAGUUUGUGAGUUUUUUUCUCUCUCCCUCUCUCUCUCUUUGAAUUGUAGCAUAGAUUUGAUGGGCACAGUGAAACAAAGGAAGAACUUCAUGUCUCUUUGAUAAAUAACUUUUAUGGGGGUUGUUUUAACGAAUUCAUCACGUCUUCGCUUCAGACGGCUAUGGAAGUCUUGAAAGUACGCAAGUGAAAGAGUUGCGGACAAAACAUAUCAUAUGCUCGCUCUGCCGCUUAUGUAGAGGCUGCUUUUUGUGUUCUGGAUCAUGCUUGUGUAAUAACGAAAGUUUGUAAUAAUACUUACUUCUUGGCAAAACCUAUUUAAGAAGUGGAUUUGUAUUGUUGGCAAAACCUAUUUAACAAGUGGAUUUUGUAUUGCUGGCAAAACCUAUUUAACAAGUGGAUUUUGUAUUGUUGGCAAAACCUAUUU